AAGGAGGCGAUCGGAUCGUCCGUACAGCAUGCGCGUCAGCCACUCCGGCCGUGCAGAGGCGUACAGAGCGGGCAUUAGCUGGAAGUAACGUCUAUUGCUAGCGGCAGCUGCUCCUUCAAAGAUCGCCCCACACCAUCACCAUCGAUAAUGUAGCAACUUAAUUACCCACCUUAUAAACACACCUUGCUUUUUUUCUACGAAGCGAAGCAGGGAGUCGAGUAUAGACAUUGAAAGAUACUCUUAUUAGCCUCCGUAUCUGAGGUGACGUUUCAAACUGCGACCCUGGGAUUUCAGCUGCCUACCUUUGUUCAGACUUCGACCGCGUCUUACGCACUUAAGGAGGGCCCAGAGCCCGAGAGAGCAUGAAGUCACAUCAGAGACCCGUUUCCAUGGUAAUCGUCGUAAGGGGCGCCCUAUUCCUCCUGCUCCUCCUAGCUUGCUCCGUCUCCCAGACGACGACCAGCAUGUGCCGCAAGCUGACGGUUCGCCACCUCAUCAAGGAUGCCAAGCCCGGCUGCCGGCCCAAGUGGCUGACCCUCUACGGCUGUCGGGGCACCUGCUUCUCCUACGCCCGCGUGUCACCCAGGGACUACGUCUCCAUAGAGCGGUCCUGCCAGUGUUGCCAGGAGGUUGGGUACCGCACCGUCAGAGUCCGGUUCGAUUGCCCGCAGCGACUGCCGCCGUAUCACUACGCGGAGGUGCGGCUGGUACGGGACUGCAGAUGCCGGCCGUGCAACACGAUGAGCGUUGGGGAUGUACCGGAGGUGGUCCGAUUAACAGACUACUUCCCCAACUGAUACCAAGGCCAAAACUAACAUAAUGCCUUUAUUGGUAAAAAGCUCACGACCCAUGGGCGGAGUCAAGGGGGGGGGGUGAUUCGGGUUGCUAACCACCCCAUCCCCGACUGACCAAUGUUAAGUAAUUUACAUAUUAGAAAAUAUCUCGUUUCCUUAAGUUCCCUGCAUAACACUAUCACUCAAUUUGCAAAUGACUUCAGGCCUUUGUUCGUUGUUCGUUGACUGCAACGUCUCAUCACCCACCUUGAAAAAAAAAACACCUUGUACUUCAACACCCCAGCAACCCGACUUUCUAAAUCCUGCAUCCACCACUGUGUUACCUCUAUAAUGCUGAACCUCAUUCUUGGCUGUGGGCUACUUUUUCUAUAUGCACAGUAAGGACCAGUGCAGGGCCAAAUUUGACGUCACUGCCUAUCCUAAGCGAGGAAUACGCACUGUUCCUUGCUCUAUGGGUAUCAUAUACAUCAUACAAUUCUGGCGUAACUAAGAAUUUUCUGCUGGCAGGAUGAGCCCUAAAUGUCUGUGCUAUCUUUGAAUAUAGCGAUCAAAAUGGUUCACGAUGCCUAUUUCAAAUUGAAUAUGGGCGCCUUCGGACUACUUGUACAUAUUAACUAAGCUUCUUAUAAUAUCAACGAACCUAAAUUUUAAAGAGGGGAAAUAUGAACACCAACUUGUCUUUAAGAAAACAGGCGUGCACCUCAUUUGUUUGAAGCCUCUAAGCUUGCGCUACAACUGCAGCUGGAAAAGUCAUAGCAGAUAAAAAAAUAUCGUUAGUGUGUGUUGUAAAUAUCGUUCAGAAUAUUUAAUAGAAGUUCGAUUUUUUUCCCCCUCAAACGUAUGUCUCAACUUGCAAUCCCACCGGGCUGACGAAAUUGGAUUCAGCUACACUCAACCAAAAAGAA